GGAGACGAGGGCAAAGAACCGGGAGAGAGGUGGGCGAGGACGAGGGCAAGGGCACGGCUGGGCGCCUGGCCGGCCCGAGGAGGCUCGCGGAAGCAGCGGCUGCCGCCCGACCGCAGAUAUGGAAGAAAGCAGCAGUGUUGCCAUGUUGGUGCCUGACAUUGGGGAACAGGAAGCUAUACUGACUGCCGAAACGGUCAUCAGCCCCUCAUUGGACAUUGAUGCACAAAGAAGAACAAACAAAACAGAUCCAUUGAUCCACGUUAUCCAGAAGUUAAGCAAGAUAGUGGAACAUGAAAAGUCCCAAAAAUGUCUUUUAAUUGGCAAAAAACGCCCACGUUCAAGUGCUGCAACACGCUCCCUUGAAACCCCAGAAUUUUGCACCAUCCCAGCUAAAAUCACCCCAUCACCAGCAGGUGUUAUCAGAAGACCUGAACUUCCGCAAAUGAAUUAUAUCCCUGACUCUCUUGCCCAGAACGAUGGGAAGGUGAUGUCUUACCAGUGUAGCCUUUGUAAGUUUUUGUCAUCUUCCUUCUCAGUGUUAAAAGAUCAUAUCAAGCAGCAUGGUCAGCAGUAUGAGGUGAUAUUAAUGUGCUCCGAGUGCCAUAUUACUUCCAAAAGCCAAGAGGAACUUGAAGCUCAUGUGGUAAAUGACCACGAGAAUGACGCUAGCCUUUACACACAGUCCAAAGCUCAGCAGUGCAUGAACCCUCCCAGCUCCCUGUGUCCGAGAGUCAUUGAAAGAAAUAAUGACACUAUUGCUGACAUCCCAAUACACGUGGACAUUCCGCAGACACAGACUGUCCAGCCGGCAGCUGCGGCAGAAAUGGGCAGGCGGAAGUGGUACGCAUACGAACAGUAUGGCAUGUAUCGCUGCCUGUUUUGCAGUUACACUUGUGGCCAGCAGAGAAUGUUGAAAACUCAUGCUUGGAAACACGCUGGGGAGGUUGACUGCUCGUACCCAAUAUUUGAAAAUGAAAAUGAGCCUCUAGGCUUGCUGGAUUCUUCUAUGACUGCCGGGUCUAGUGGCGUCGAUGCAGUCGUCAUUUCCAUCGGAGAGAAUGAACUUAGCAUCCAAAAUGGGCCAUCAGUUCAAGUGCAGAUUUGCAGCUCACAGCCAUUGUCCUCGUCUCCUUUAGAAAAGGGCACCAAGAGGGCUGUGCACCUAAGUCAGUCAAUUGCCCUUGACCCUGGCGAGGAAGAAAUGCUGGAGGUGAUUUCUGAUGUAGAGGAGAAUCUGAACGCAGACAGCCUUCUGUCAUCAGCACAGAAAAUCAUUAGUAGCAGCCCAAAUAAAAAAGGCCAUGUCAAUGUGAUAGUGGAGCGCUUACCAAGUGCCGAAGAAACGCUCUCACAGAAACGUUUCCUCAUUAAUGCUGAACUUGAGGAGGAAAAAAACAGCCCUAUUGAAGCACGGAUUGGGUGUGAAGGAGCAGAUGAAGUUUAUCGUGCUGAUAAAUGUACUGUUGAUAUUGGGGGGUUGAUUAUAGGCUGGAGCUCUCCAGAGAAGAAAGAGAGUGAGUUAAUAAAUAAAGGACUGACUGCUGAUGAGAAUGCCCCACCAGGCCGCAGGAGAACUAACUCCGAGUCUCUUAGACUUCACUCACUCGCUGCAGAAGCCCUGGUCACAAUGCCUAUAAGAGCUGCAGAGCUGACGCGUGCCAACCUUGGGCACUAUGGGGACAUAAGCCUUUUAGAUCCAGAUACUGGACAGAGACAAGUAGAUAGCACAUUGGCAGCGUACUCUAAAAUGAUGUCUCCCCUUAAAAACUCUUCAGAUGCAUUGACUAGUUUCAACCAAAACAACUCUACCUUGGUAGAGCUCCCUGAAGACAAGCAGGAAUUGUCAGAUGGGCAAGUAAAGACAGGCAUCAGCAUGUCCUUGCUGACUGUCAUUGAAAAGCUGAGGGAAAGGACAGACCAAAAUGCUUCAGACGACGACAUCUUGAAAGAGCUACAAGAUAAUGCCCAGUACCAGCCCAGCAGCGAUACAAGCUUGUCAGGAGGCAGCUUGGUGGAGUACAUCCCCGACGCUGACCGCCCCUACCGCUGCCGUCUGUGUCACUACACAAGUGCUAACAAGGGCUACAUUAAGCAGCACUUGCGAGUCCAUCGUCAGAGACAGCCCUAUCAGUGUCCUAUCUGUGAGCACAUAGCUGACGACAGCAAAGAUUUGGAGAGCCACAUGAUCAACCACUGUAAAACGAGAAUAUACCCGUGCAAGCAGUGUGAAGAAGCUUUUCAUUAUAAGAGCCAACUGAGGCAUCAUGAGAGAGAGCAGCACAGCCUUCCGGAUACUUUAUCAGUAGCAACCUCUAAUGAACCAAGAGUGUCUAGUGACACAACAGAAGGAAAAAGUGUUCAAGAAGGGAAUAAGUCUUCAGUCCCGAAACAGUAUAGAUGUGAUGUGUGUGAUUACACAAGUACAACCUAUGUUGGUGUCAGAAACCACAGACGAAUCCAUAACUCUGAUAAGCCAUACAGAUGCUCUUUGUGUGGGUAUGUGUGCAGCCAUCCUCCUUCUUUGAAGUCUCAUAUGUGGAAGCAUGCAAGUGACCAAAACUAUAACUAUGAGCAAGUAAACAAGGCCAUUAAUGAGGCAAUUUUACAGAGUGGCAGAGUUCUGGGGAAAUCCCCUGGCAAGGCUCUGUUAAACAGCAGUGAAGAGAGACCCGAUUCUGUCACCGGAAGUACAGAGCACAUGGUGGCAUCCUCAGAGCUGCUUUCCCAGGCUCCCAGUGAAGUUGUAGGUCCCACCGAGAAUGAGAAACUGAGCCCAACAAGGAAUACCUCAUAUAGUUUAGAGAAAAACUCCAGUCUGGCCCCCCCUGGUAUGGAAUAUUGUGUUUUACUCUUCUGUUGUUGUAUUUGUGGUUUUGAAUCAACCAGCAAAGAAAAUCUCUUGGAUCAUAUGAAAGAGCACGAGGGUGAGAUUGUAAACAUCAUCCUCAACAAGGACCACAGCACAACUCUCCACACAAAUUAG